CCCAGCUGCCACCUCCCGCCCACCAGUUUUUCGUAGAAAUACUAUAGGGUGCCAAAUAACUCAUAGGGGUGCCUCUUUUCAGUGAUUCUGCCUCCAGUUUGUCAUACCUAUUUUUGAAAGAGGUCACACUGGUGCUCUCUACAACACUGAAAGAGAGAUGGUUUCAUUUGGUCACCACUUACCUUAGUGAUGGUAGAGGCUAGGGAGCUAAAUAACUCAUAGGGGUUCCUCUUCUCAGUGAUUCUGCCUCCAGUUUGUCAUACCUAUUUUUGAAAGAGUUCACACUGGGGCUGUCUACAACACUGAAAGGGAGACUGUUCCAUUUGGUCACCACUCUGGCAUUGAAGAAGUUCCUCCUCUUUGUAGCCCAGGUGGAGUGGAAAAAUUUUGGCGGCUUUUCCGAUACCCUAUGCCCCUGUCCACCCAGCAGUGAAUGGGUACAAGGAAAACAUCAAUGAAUCCAGUACAGUAGCAGCAGCCUCACCACCACCCAGUGCCAGGAAGAGGAAAGGGGCAGCAGGAGAAGCUGGCAAGAAGGAAGGGGCGGGUGUCUCCAAGAAAAUGCGUUCCUUUCUGCAGGAACAGGAGGCCACAGUUGUGGCUGUCAUCACUGCCUGCCAGGAGGCUCAGUCCCAGCUGGACCAGUACCAGGCCUGGGGUGAGCGGCAGCAGCAGCAGCUGGAGGACAGCCUCCAGGGACUGGUGGACCAGAGCAGGAGUGCCAGAGAGCUCAUACAGCAGGAAAUGUUGCGUGUGGCGGCCAAGAAGGAGGAGGCAAAGAAGAGGGAGCAGGAGCUGCUGGCCGUGCAGAUGUUGCUUACUCCUGCAACAGAGCAAGAGGCAUGCAUGGCAGUGGCUGAGGUGUUUCACUGCACCAGUGAGGCAGAGCAGGUGGUGGAGGAGUACCAACAGUGUUUUCCUGAUGCCAGCAUCCUCACCACCACCAAGAAGGUGAGAGAGGCAUUUAAGGCAGCCCUGGAGGCUGCCCAGGCUGUUCAGGCAGCUCCAGACACUGUCACUACAGAAGAGCCCAGGGCCCAGUUCCCUGUCAGUCCCAGAAGAGCCAAGGCCCCAGUCUGUCCCAGACCUCACCAUCAUGGUAAAACUGAAGGUCAAGGACCUCCGCCGCCUGACAAAGCACGCAAGGAGCCUGCUGCAGGCUGGCCAAGUGUUAGCUGUGCACCAGGUGGAAGGUCAGCACCGACAUGCAAGAAUAAGUCUCGAAGCUGGCCGGCUGUUCCUCCACGCCCUGAAGGAGCAAUCCCUGCCGCGGGAUGCGGCAACCCUGCAGGUCAGCGAGGUCGUGCCACCCUCCCCCCCCUGCAUGGUGUUCCUGGACCUGUCCUGGCCGGGCCACGCGCCGCGCCGGGUCCACAUCCGUCUAGGCUCUGACACCCCGCGGGGGCGGCAGUUCAUGCUUUUGUGCAUGGGGCAGUGUGGCCCCUCCUACCUCAACACCAAGUUGUUCAGGGUGGAGAACAAGGGGGAGCCGGGAGAGUGUGUGAGGGGCGGAGACUACGAGAGUAAUGAUGGUACAGGGACAUGUCAGCUGCUGCCUUUCCUUGAUCGGGGUGUGUACCAGGAGUCGCACUGGGCAGGGGAUGUGUUUGCGAAGCGGCUGGGGAAGGGUCUGUUUGGCAUCCUCACCAGGGACCAUCAAGCUGAGGAGUGGGGGAUUGAUGUCUUCAGUGAGGUGGUGGAGGGACUGCAUGUGGUGGCCGAGGCAGCCCUACACAGCAACAUUAUGGAGGUGACUGUAGUAGACUGUGGUGUGGUGUUGAGAGGGUAAUGGCCUGCACCACCACCAUCACCACAGCAACAUUAAGGAGGUGACUCGUGGACUGUGGUGUGGUGUUGUGUGGCCUGCACCACCACCACCAUCACCACCAUUGUGGAGGUGACUGUGGUAGAAUGUGGCGUGUUGAUGCGUUCAUAAAAAUAACAUCCGUGUAAUGUUUCCUUGCCCACGGAAUAGCCUGACUAACCCUCUCUUUAUAGACUACAAGUUACUGAAACUGCCAGACCUAAUGCACCUCCAGACCUGUCUGUCUGUACACAGCGCUUUGUACUCACACCCACCUGACUGUGCCCUUCAUCCAGUCACUCGCAAUGACGGUAACAGUGGCCUUGACACUCAGAAUCCCAUCAUGCUUGGACACCUUCAGUGCUGUCUGGCUGGUUGUCAUCAUUAAGUAUUUACCCCUGUCUUUGUUUAGGAGUGGCACACAGCCCUCUGGCACUCUGUGUGUUUCCUGUAUGCUGGUUGUCAUCAUUAAGUAUUUACCCCUGUCUUUGUUUAGGAGUGGCACACAGCCCUCUGGCACUCUGUGUGUUUCCUGUAUGCUGGUUGUCAUCAUUAAGUAUUUACCCCUGUCUUUGUUUAGGAGUGGCACACAGUCCUCUGGCACUCUGUGUGUUUCCUGUAUGCUGGUUGUCAUCAUUAAGUAUUUACCCCUGUCUUUGUUUAGGAGUGGCACACAGCCCUCUGGCACUCUGUGUGUUUCCUGUAUGCUCUCUCCAGCCUCUGUCUCAGUUUGUGCCAGGAGCAAGCCACCAUCUGCACAAUGUAGUAUUGCUGUAGUAAAUGUAUCACUUUUAAAGCCAAUAUUGUAAGUUCGAAGCCUUCUUGUGGUGUCAUCUGUAAUAAGUAAAGACAGAAGUGUGGACCCAUUG